UAUGAGGAUUAACUUUUAGAAAACUCUGUUAAAUGAAAAAUAUGGCAAAAACAGGGCUAUGCUACUGCUUAUUUUUACUUCUUGUUGUAGCAGAGCACGCAGCAGCAACUGGUUCAACAGUGAAGUUUCUUCCUGGUUUUCAGGGACAACUUCCUUUUGAACUCGAAACAGGGUAUGUUGGAGUUGGUGAUUCAGAAAAUGUGCAAUUAUUCUACUAUUUUAUAGAGUCGGAGUCUGAGCCAGACUCUGACCCUCUUAUGCUUUGGAUCACGGGAGGCCCUGGUUGCUCUGCUUUAUCUGGCCUUAUCUAUGAGAUGGGACCAAUAACAUUUGAGGCAGUUGAAUACAAUGGGAGUUUCCCUACAAUGAUCCUAAAUCCCUACUCAUGGACAAAGGUGUCAAGUAUUAUUUUCUUAGACUUACCGGUGGGAACUGGAUUUUCCUACGCGACAACUCCAGCAGCUCUACAAUCAUCUGAUUUACAAGCGAGUGAGCAUGCAUAUCAGUUCCUUUGCAAGUGGUUUGUCGAUCACCAAGAAUUCUUAGAGAAUCCAUUUUAUGUUGGUGGAGAUUCAUGUUCAGGCAUGGUUGUUCCCGUCAUUACUCAAAUCAUAGCAAUUAAAAAUGAAAUAAUGGAAGUCGAACCAUUUAUUAAUCUUAAGGGAUAUUUACUUGGAAAUCCAACGACUUUUGAAGGUGAAGACAAUUAUAGAAUUCCAUUUGCUUAUGGAAUGGGACUUAUUUCUGAUGAACUCUAUGAGUCGUUGAAAUCAAAUUGUAAAGGAGAGUAUUUCAAUAUAAUUCCAAGCAAUGUACUGUGUUUGCAAGAUGUUCAAACUUUUAACGAGCUUCUUAAAGGAAUUAAUAAUCCCCAUAUUUUGGAGCCCAAAUGUAAGCCUUUUUCGCCAAGGCCACACCAAUUGUUUGGCGAAAGAAGAUCUCUUGAUGAGAAGUUACAUGACCUUAACAAUCUUCCUGGACUAAAAUGUCGCAAUAAUUGGUACAAACAUUCUUAUCAUUGGGCUGAUGAUGAUCAAGUUAGAGACGCCCUCAACAUCCGGAAGGGGACUGUCGGAAAGUGGGAGAGAUGUGCAAGUAAUUUGCAAUACCAAAUGAUGGUCACUAAUAGCAUACCUUAUCAUGAGAACCUCAGUAGCAAAGGUUACAGAUCUCUUGUAUACAGUGGAGAUCAUGACAAGCUUGUUACUUUCCAAUCAACUCAAGCAUGGAUAAAAUCUCUUAACUACUCUGUUGUCGAUGAUUGGCGAGCUUGGACUGUUGACAAUGAAGUUGCCGGUUACACAAGAAGUUACUCAAAUCAGAUGACAUUUGCCACAGUGAAGGGAGCAGGGCAUACUGCACCAGAGUAUAAGCCUCGUGAAUGUCUGGCCAUGCUCACAAGGUGGAUGUCUUACCAGCCUUUGUAAUCAAUAAAUGUAUUACAAUUG